GGAGGGAAGACGCCGGCUGUUUAGUGAGUUUUCCUUUUGUUGGAGGGCGGGGGGAGGGGGGGAGGAGACGGAGGGCGAUCUUAUAAUGGCGCAAACGACUCACACCCUUCCCCCUUCCCCCUUCCCCAGCAACGCCUUUUACCGCCUCCUCAACGAUCCCGCCGCGCCCCUCGACCCACCCCUCUCCGUCCUAACCUGGCAAGCCGAAGAAGUCAAACGCGCCGGGGGCAUCCUCGGUCUCACCCUCGAACCCACCGGCGACGUAACCCUCAUCACCGACGACCUCAUCAACACCAUCGUGGGGAAAUUGAAAGAGCUGAACGAUGGCGGCGUGCCUGUGAUUUUACGAUAUGGGCAUGAAAUGAAUGGCGAUUGGACGAGUUAUGGACUGAGGCCCCUGCAGUUUGUGCCGAUGUUUAGGAGGAUGGCUGAGGCGGUGCAUAAGGGGACUAAGACGACCGCAAUGAUGUGGGCCCCCAACGUCGGCGUGCACUACCCCUACACGCCCCUCGGCAAACCCGGCGGCACCUCGCCCGUCACAUCCGUCGGUGCCGACAAUUUUGCAGCCCUCGACACCAACGCCGACGACGUUCUCGACGAAAAGGACGACCCGUACCUCCCUUACUGGCCCGGCCCGGAAUACGUGGAUUGGGUUGGGUUGAGUUUGUACUACUACCAGGAUAAUCCGGUGAAUAAUGUGCCGGGUCCGACGUAUUUUGAGGAUUAUUUGCUGGGGAAGGAUUUGGUGAGCAAGCAUGGCGCGACCGUGGGGAAUAAUGAGGCGCUCCGCAACUUCUACACCCGCUUCGGCGACACCUUCCUCAAACCCGUCGCCAUCGCCGAAUCGGGCCCCGGCUACCGCCCCGGCGCCCCCGGUGCCUCGGAACUCGACGUCAAACAAGCCUGGUGGACGCAAACCCUCAACCCCGCCACCCUCGCCUCCCUCCCCCGCCUGAAACUGCUGGUGAAUUUCGAGGAAGCGAAGGUUGAGGAUGGGGUCGCAAAGGAUUGGAGUCUGACGGGGAAUGUAGGGGUGAGGGAGGCUUACGACGCGUUCUUGGGGACGAGUGGGGCGCAGCUGGUUUGGGGGGAUCGGGUGAGGUUGGCGUGUGAUGGGAGUUUGGAGGUUCUGCCGUGAGGGAGAAGGGAGUCAUGUGGACGAUGUUUUGGUUCGUUUUCAUGUUAAUAUCCCAUGUGGCGUAUUUUUUUCCCCGAGGAGGCGACCGUGUAUACUCUUUCUUGAGUGACAUUCAUAAGGGCGGUUCUGUGAAUAGCUUUAUCCUUCCCCCCUCCCCUUCGCUUCCGUUUUUUCUUCAGCUCUUCUUGUAUCAUCUCUUCCCGCUGCGUAAUUGUCCGUAGCGUAAUGCGUUUCCCUGAUGUAUAGUAUGGCUAUUUCUUCAUAUGUGUACAUAUACUACUAGCUAUUGGGUGGAGACCUGCAUUCUCGCCAUAAUCUGUCAAGGACA